GGGAAAAAAUGGUCUCUACCAUAAUUGUUUCCUACAAGGUCAUAUUGCCAAAACUUGCCCAAAGGAGAGCUUUUGCAAGGUUUUGUGAUGUCCAGUGGCGUAGCUAGCGGUCUGGCUGGUCGGGCCCAGCCCGACCAAAUAUUUUCCCAAAAAUGAAAAAUUUGUUUUCUUUAAAAUUGGAUUUGCGAAAAUUUUAAAUUCUGCGACUCUUUUUGGAAUAAUCCACAGUCUAUUAGUGUAAUAUUUGUCAAAUUGCGUCGUUAUUAGCAAAAUUAUCAUAUUUUUAAACGUUACUUAGCAACAAUGACUAGUGCAUUUCUAGUGCCAGGCAUUACGCAGUUUAGUCGGGCUCUGAAAAUUCAGCCCGACCAAGUAGUAAAAUCUAUAGUGGGUUUAUCUGCAAUCUGAUUGGUUGACAGCAACCGAGCAAACUCAAAUGCGCUGUUUCGCAACAUCUAGUCGGGCUCUGAGAAUUCAGCCCGACCAAGUAGUAAAAUCUAUAGUGGGAAUAUCUGUAAUCUGAUUGGUUGAGAGUAGCUGUGAACACACUCAAACGUUUAACAACAUCUAGUCGGGCUCAUUUUCAAAAGCGUGACUUGAAUUUUGAGCUUUCGAAAUAUACGUUCGGAAAUCGUGAUAACUUACAUUACAAUGGCUUCGGCUAAUGAAAUCGAUAUAAUAAGUGAACUACAAAGAAACCAUUUUCUGUUCGACAAUCAGGCGAGCAAAAUAUACUCGUAAAGCAGCGGCCAAUUCCAAAUUUACAAGCGACUACAGGCAAUAGAAGCUUUCAGGAAAGUUGGUACUCGAAGAAAGAUUGGCUUUGUGGUAGCUCAGAAAAGAAUGCAUUGUUCUGUUGGCCUUGUCUUUUGUUUUGCCCUGGAUCGUCAUCUUCAUGGACGCAGACGGGAUUCAAAAACAUGAAGAAUUUCCUAUCCGAUUGUAAGAAGCAUGAGAAGGCAAAAUCGCACAUGGGUGCUUACAAGACCUGGAGGACAUACGGUUUUCAGCCUUGUGUCGACUGUCUCAUGUCACAAGCCAGACGUGAAGAGAUUCAGCGUCAUAACGAGGAGGUAAGGCAAAACAGGGAAAUGUUGAAAACCAUAACAGAAGCUGCUUUAUACUUGUCUAGGCAAGAGCUUGCAUUUAGGGGGCAUGAUGAAUCUAGUGGAAGCUUGAAUAGAGGAAAUUAUAGAGAGCUACUUGAAAGUUUUGCCAAGAUGGGUUCAGUUUUUGAAAGGCGAUUACAUGGCAGGCUUGCUGAAACCCACCUUGCUGGGGGAGGGCGGUUUACUGGAGUCUCUCCUGAUAUUCAGAAUGAUUUGAUUGAUUGUCUUGAUAAGAUAAUAGAGGAUGAGAUUUUAAAGGAAAUAGAUUGCUGCACUUUCUUAAGUAUACAGGUUGAUGAGGCAACUGAUGUUUCUACCAAAGAACAAUUGAGUGUAAUUGUUCAAAUGGACAAAGGGGAAAGUGUCAUUGAAAGACAGCUUGGGUUUGUUGAUGUUAGUUGUGAUAGGACUGCAACUGCUAUAUCAUCAGUGGUUAAGGGUAAGUUAAGUCAAUAUAAUAAUGUGAAAGAGAAAUUUAUUGGACAGACUUAUGAUGGUGCAUCUGUUAUGUCUGGUCAUCUCAAUGGUGUUCAAGCUCAAGUUCAGCAGGAUUAUCCUUAUGCUCAAUUUGUUCACUGUGUUGCCCAUAGACUAAAUCUAGUAUUAUGUCAAGCUGCAUCCUCCAUUUCACCUGUUAAGAUUUUCUUUGUUAAUAUUAGUGCUUUCUGCACCUUUACUAGCAAUUCCCCCAAAAGAAAAGCUUUACUAUCAUCCCAUAGGCUAGAGUUUCCUAGUCCUGGUGACACAAGAUGGUAUUAUAGGGCUCAUGUCAUCAAUGUCUUGCAUUCUAACUAUGAGAAACUGAUAGACAUAUUUGAAAAUCUUACUGAUAAUCCAAUAGGUUGGGAUGAUGAAACGUUAAGUAAGGUUACUGGUUUACUUGGCUACCUUAAUGGCUUCUUGUUUUGUUUCUUGGUACUUGUUUUCCAUAGAAUUCUUGAGCAGUCAUCCAUACUUUAUUCUAUCUUGCAAGACAAGGACACUGACUUUCAUUAUGGAGUGAGUAGGGUUGAGAGAUUCAAGGCCUUUGUUGCUUCUCUGAGAAAUGAUACAGAAUAUUGUCAGGUGUACGACCUGGCUGUUGAGAAAGUGGGACCACCAGUAACCAGGAUUUCCAUUCACAAAGACAUACUGUCAGAGAAAGAAGACGCCAACACAUUGCAUGAUGAGGUAGUAAAGAAGUUCAUUGAAAACCACGAAGACUUGCUUUCUUAUACAAAUAGGUAUUCAUAUAUGGCUGAUAGCAAGCUGAUGAUGUCUUACGUCCAUGGCAUGUGAGAAUUUUUCCGGGAACUUUUUAAUGCAGUCAAUGAUGAUUGUCAUUUCAGCACGACAAUGAACGGCAUCACAACUUUUGAUAGUUGUUGAUGACAAAUCUGAGCCUUUUUCGGUUCUUUUGUCAAAGUUUCUUUACAAGAUGUACAUAAUUAUCUAUUUAUGUAUGUGGUGUUGAGAAAAUAAAUCA